UUCGACUCCGGGAGCAAAGCCUGCUACCAAGGAGACAUAGCGAAGUGGAAUUAAGUCGUGUCGUGAUUAUGAGUAUCCCGGAAUACAGGUUAUGGUCAAAGUCACUAGCUUGAGAGGGUUUAAUGUCCGACGUGGGCCAAAUGGAGUCUAUGGGAUUGAUAUCAUUCAAGAACCUGACGACCCCUAUUAUAUCGGGACUGCUCCUAGUGGUACUCAUGAAUUUACCAUCCGUCUAGAUAAGAUCUCAAAGGUGGUUGGUGUCUUUGAUGAUCGUAGGAUGAUGGAUCUAGGAAUUUUGGAUAUAGCAAAGAAGGCAUACAAAAUACAGAAUAGAGCAGUGGGAGGGAUAUGUGAACAAUUACAAAACCAAGGGUUAUAUACCAGCCCAUCUCGAGUUGAAGUGAAGAAAUGGCUUUAUAUAGGGUAACGU